UACGUACAUAUAGAUCUAGGCUAUUUUUAUGGAAUGGCAAUCGAUAUCCUCCUACGUUACUCAAGCUCCAUGUCUUGAAUUAUUGAUGAGGAAUUCUUGAGCUAAACCGUCACAAAAGGAAAUUGGAUUAAUGCUGGCCAUUCUACAAUAAAUGUCCGUCGAUUUAUCCGGGAUAAUUGCUUGAAAUAUCUGGAAAACUGGACAUUGCAGUGGCAUUGCCGGUUGUGGAUUUUCAGGGAGAGUGUCCACGCACGGCAUUGCAUGCCUUCGUUGUGAUUAGAAAUUCGACGCCAUAAUAAUACAGGCCGAAUGCACUGCUUUGGAAGGUUUUGCUGUGUACAACAGAAGGCGACGCCACGACAUCCGCAGUGCAUAUGCACACGAUCUACAUGUAGCCGCCAGCUUGCUGCCGACUGCAAAUGAUAUUGAUGUCGCCGUGCUUUGCAAAUCCAUCCAGACCGUAGUAUAAACACCACACAAAAGAAUGGGCGACCAAGAGGUCUCACAAGCAGCCGUCCCUAAUGAGUCUGCAGCUGCACCUCCCGCCCCAACAGAGGCUGCCGCGGAUGGCGGGGGAGGAGGAGGAGGAGGCAUUGGAGGUGCCUUUGCAAAUGCGGGCACCAACAUGAAGAACAAGAUAAGCGACGUGAUGGAUAAAAUUCCUCUUCCAACAUGGGCUGUGGUAGCCAUUGCCAUUGUGGCAGGCCUUAUACUCCUCUGUUGCUGCUUCUGUAUCUGUAAAAAAUGUUGCUGUAAGAAGAGGAAAAAGAAGGAAGGCAAGAAAGGUCUAAAGGGGGCCGUCGACCUGAAGAGCGUCCAGAUGCUGGGCAACAGUUAUAAAGAGAAGAUCCAGCCUGACGUCGAUGAUCUAGAUAACGGAGGGGACGAAGAAGGCGAUACCGACUCCGUUAAGUCUGAGAUCAAGCUCGGAAAGCUACAGUUCUCGCUGGAUUAUGACUUCCAAGAAGGAAAGCUCAAUGUGGGUGUCAUGCAAGCAUCGGAGCUACCAGGGAUGGACUUCUCAGGGACAUCGGAUCCCUACGUCAAGGUUUACCUCAUGCCAGACAAGAAGAAGAAGUACGAAACCAAAGUCCACAGAAAGACCCUCAACCCAGUCUUCAAUGAGACCUUCACAUUCAAGGUGCCAUACAGUGAAGUGUCGAGUAAGACGCUGGUGUUUGCCAUUUACGAUUUUGACCGAUUCUCCCGCCAUGACAUCAUAGGGGAGGUCAAGGUCAAACUAAGCCAGGUUGACCUGGGCAGUGUCGUUGAAGAGUGGCGCGACCUCCAGAGCGCUGAGGUCCCAGGAGGAGAGGGCAAGUCAGAGCUGGGAGACAUUUGUUUCUCCUUGCGUUACGUCCCCACUGCAGGCAAGCUGACCGUGGUCAUCUUAGAGGCCAAGAACCUCAAGAAAAUGGACGUCGGUGGACUAUCAGAUCCAUAUGUGAAGAUUUCCCUCUACAUGAACAACAAGAGGAUGAAGAAAAAGAAGACCACCAUUAAGAAGAGGACACUGAAUCCUUACUACAACGAAUCCUUUGGCUUUGAGGUGCCAUUCGAACAGAUUCAGAAAGUGACGUUGGUGGUGACUGUAGUGGACUAUGAUCGCAUGGGCAGCAGCGAACCUAUCGGGAAAGUAGUACUUGGAUGCAAUGCCACAGGGGCGGGACUCCGUCACUGGAGCGACAUGCUGGCGUCGCCACGGCGACCAAUCGCCCAAUGGCAUACACUCCAAGAACCCGAGGAAGGGAAAUAAGUAGACAAAAAAUUACAACAAAAGCUAAUUAAAAAUGAUCAGUUAGAGUAAAGAAUGAUUUUAUCUAAGUGAUUCAAAAUAUUUAACGAGCCCUGUGAGAGGGAUUUUGGAUUUUAUGAUUAAUCGUUAAUUUUGGACACAAAGAGGACCAUUACCAAUGAAUUUAUACACACCUAUGACAUCUUAUUCAUAUGACACACACCUGUGUGAAUUGUGUACUGUUACAAUUACUCUGAAUCAAUGGCGUUAUGCCUCUGUAGGUAUCAACAAAGGAGAGACAUAAAUCCACAUCCAUUCCGCAUUGGUUCAGAAGUAACAUCAAAUUUGUGUGGCAUUAUCGAGGAGCAGUUAUAAUAUCACAAUCCAACGUGCUGAUUUUGCCACCGUUCGGUCCAUUCUCGGUAUUGGUUCUCUUUGUUAUUAAACCGCGUACCAGAUCUGAAAUGAUCGUGCGUUUUCAGCGCGAGAUUUUCGGAACUGGUCCGCCAGGGUUUCAAAUCUAGUUUGAAUGAAAAUAAACUUAUAUAAAGCCUGUAAGGAAAGCCUAGCUGCCUACGCCAUUGUAUUUGCUCAAGUCGGAAAUCUGUGAGAUUUCAAAGCAAUUUUUAUUCUAUGUUCUAUCUGUUUGAUGUUACUUUUUAUUGAGCCCACCCUAUUUAGAUUCAUUGAGGGGAGAGAGUGCAAAUUCGAAAUCCCCUUUCUGGGUUGGUAUGGGAGGUGCUCAAUUUUAGCAUGCAGUUGAUUUAGUAAAUCUUUAGGCUGGUUUUCAUCUGUGUAUGCUUCAGAGCCGUUUACAUAUGGCAGAGUAGAAGCCUUAUCUUAUAUUCUCCUUCUGUAUGCACUCAGUCAAGCUUUGCUCUGCUUCUGUUGAUAAAAGCUUUUUCAAACCAAAGCCACCUAUAAUGAUGUAGACAAGAUCGAAAGCUUGUGAGAAGAGGAAUAUCGCGAUACCACCGCUCCAAUUUCAGCAAAGAAAAGCCAGCCUAAAGAUUUUUAACCUUUAAUCAGUACCUCAGUUUCUGUUUUAUGUUUUGAUGUAUUUAUUUUGCUUGGUAUUCAUCAUGCCGAAGCACAGCGGAGCUCGAAAGAAUGCACUUUGCUUUGCUUCGGUUUGAUUGAUUUUAUACAAAAAGGAAACAGAAUAAAUGGUGUGAAAAUCGAUGAUCGCAGAGCCUGAGUCCAGCCAGCUUCUGCGAUCUCUUUCAUACCGGUGACCCUUACCCCACCCCGCCCUUCUCCUUACCCUUCCUUAAAUGUGAUAGCUGAUUAGUGCCCCCUCCCCUUCACCCCUACCUCUUUUUCACCCAUUAAUCCUUUGUUUCGUUAGCGCGUUUUUAAGUUCAGUGGGGAACGGAUAAAUUCUUCAGUGUGUCUGCUGAACCGUGGAUACCUGUGAGUGUGAACUAGUCUUUUGUCGAAUAGGAACGCAACACAGAAAACAACCGGAUCUCGCAGGGUUGGCAUCUCUUUAACCACAUCAACAGAUGCAUGGGGUUGCUCCUGUAUUACUACAGGAUAAUAUUCUAUCCAAUAAACUUCCAUUUGUUUUCCAUGAAUUUUAUGUGAUGACAGUUGCUGCUAUCUCCUAUGAUGAUAGCAUCUUAGCAUUUCAUUUGAACAAAAAACUGUUUUGAUAAAAAAAUGUAUCAAUUGACAGAAUCAUUCGCAAUUCUGAUUUAUGAUAUUUUAUAAAAAUAUCUAUGCCACCAACAGUACAAUUAAAGAUGAAAUACCAGUGCAAUUCAAUGAUGAUGGUGAGAGGACAAUUCAUUUUACUGGGAUCCGGUUGUUUAGUAAACGUUCAGUCAUCCUUUCUUCCUCCCCCACCUUCCCCGAGUUUUCUCGCUAAAACUCUUAUCAAACAGUUUCUGCUACAACAACAGAUAAAGAUGAAAUGACGCAAAGAUCGUCAGGCUUAAUGGACUUUCUAUGUUAAUGGGAUGUUGGCGGUUUAAUUACUAGAUUGGAAGAAUAAAAACAUCAAUGAAUUAUUUGUGCUGUCUCGGCAUUCAACCACCGCUUGUCCUAAAAGAAAAAACAGGCAAAUCAUGAACUUUUUGAAAAUAGGUUUGGAAAACAUAUGACAGUUUUCAAUGACCUUUUAGCAGAAUAUCAUUAUUUGGGGGGUCAUGAAAUGAAAAUGGGAUGGGUUCGUUUUAUACUUGUAAACAUCACAAUCUUUGUUGUAGCAGAAUCUUUAAUAAUUCAACGAUACAAUGUAUUUGCGCUCAAUUACUCAAUGAGGUACAAUUGAUUUUUUGGCAGCGUUUAAGGAGAUUAAUUUUUAUCGUUUGCAAAUUGAAAGAUUGACAUCAACUUCAAGCCUUCAACGUAUCUCCAGUACCCCCCCCCCCCCUCCCCCACCCCUGGAGAUUGAGUUGAGGGCAGGUUGGUUUAAAACUGGUUUUGAGCAUAGGCCAAGAGGAGUUGGAGAAAGAAAGAGGCUAAGAGAUAUCAUCUGUCCUUGGCUUAUGCUGAAAAAAGUUUUUUUUAAGAAAUUCAUGAAAUGAAUAAGUUUUUCAAAUACGUAAUGGGAGAAGCUUGUAUUAAAGCAGCUUAAAAAGCAGCUUUACAAACAUUUUUUAAAAGUGGUUUUGCCCCACCCCUCUCAUUUAAAACAUUUGUAAGAGGCUUUAGAGGUGCAAGCUUGCCAUAUAUAUAUAUACUAUUAAUAAUAUGUGUGCUGGGACUGGGAUGUUGACUUUCUAUGUCGGCAUAAUUCGGUGUACCCAUCAAGUUUUGCCCCGAUGUUCUAACAGCUAAAUUAAAUAACCAAUAUAUAUUUGCUGGAUCUAAUAGUGUUUAAUCUGCUCUUUUAUGUGAAGAUAAAAGAUAUAUGAAUGAAAUUCACAUGAUGGUAUUGUGAACUGAGAAGAAAAAAAAGAGAAUUGUGCAUAUUUUGCCAUGCCAAACUAUAUUUAUUGUUAGGGAAAAAGUAAAUACAUGUAAUUAACCAGUUCUGUCUCUUUUGUAAAUACGUCUUUACCAUGAAGUCUAUCAUAUAUAUUUAUUAACAAUUUUUAAUUAGUGAAUGGCAUAUAAUCGUAUAUCAUUACCUACACUCAUGUUACUCCAGACAUAAUGUGUAUGGGUACUUACGCUAGGAUUUAAAUCAUUUCGUCGUCAUGAGUUGUAUAGCAUUUAGCAAUGCAAUAUGAUUUGUUUACUCUCGAUUUCAAAUGAAAGAGUACCGACUGAUAUGUACUUGUACGAUGUAUGUACGAAUCCUAAGGCCGUGCUACUUAUUAAGAGCCCUGUUUGCAUUUCAUGGUAUAAAAAUGCUAUAGGGACAGAUGUAGACUGCAAUAAAUAAGAAAAAAGUAUGUAUGGUUCUUGAUCUAAAUGAAUUUGUGCUAUUGUGACGUGAAUCAGAAUCUUGCGCUUAAAAAUGGCAUCCAGGCAUUGGCUAGACACAAUGAAAAUGGUACUUAAAUAAAGUCAGAAAUGUACAUGUACUCGUUAUAUUUCUAAAUAAUGAAGGCAUUGGGAUAUGGUUUUCAUGUAAACUCCAGUUUAAUUAACAAAAUGGAUAAAGUUCUGUGUGUUUUAUAAGAUUGAGAUUAUAUCAGGAAUGAUACGUUAAAAAAAUAUCCCUGUUUUCUCUACACUGACCAUUUUCUUUCAGGUGAUGUAUCAUGAAAUCUGUUCACUAUAAAUAUGUACUUAUGGUGAUAAUCUAACAGUCAAGCACAAAUUCUGUAUUUUUAAUUACAAUGUGAAAGAUAUCUCAACACUGUCAUAUUAUGGUAAUACUCAAACAGUCGACUAUUCAGCUUUAAAGUAUUCAGGUCAGACUAUUUAUUUAUCAUUACUUUGAAUGUAAAAGAUUUUUAUUUCAUCACUGACAUAUUAAGAUAAUAUUCAAACAGUCACAUGAAAAUUAUCCAGGGAAGACUAAUUAUUUAAUGUAUUCAAAAUUAUCUUAUCUUUAUCAUACCAAUCUUAUUAUUCUCAUAGGGUAUUACGUGUACAAACAAAACACGCUAGACAGGACAUUUUUUAACAUAGACACAACACGAACAAUGUUUACAUUUUAUCAGCUGUAUAUUAGUCUCUAAUUUCCUAAUCUUAUUUACCUAAUCUUUUUUAUUUGAUUCAAAUUACUUUGUUCCCCAGCUUUUGUUUAUCUUUUCAACAAGAAUUAAAAGUAGGGAUGGAUAUUCAGAGAGAAUUUACAGUUAAUGUUAAAUGAUUGCAAUGUUGCAAUGUUUAGAGCUUUGUUUGAAGCAAAUAAAAAGUUGCCAAAGGCUUUCAUUUUGCAGUCUCACCUGCUUUUAAAAAUAAUGGCGGGAAGUUUAUAGCAGACCAGAGCUGAUGUGCUGGCAGUGAUAUUCAUCUAUUCAAUGGUCUUAUACUAACAUUAACAAAAACACCUGGAAUCAAGCCUGUGAAGAAAUCCUCUUGUUUGACUGGAGAGUAAUUUCUAGAUGAAAAUGUCCCCCAUGUGUUAGCAAAUAAUGUAGAUAUUGGAUGAGUUUGUGUGUGGUUACCCAGUGUUAUUUUGUGCAAAUUUAGGAGGAGAAACUAUUUGAUCUAUAUAACAAACCAUUUUAAGCUCAUAUUGUUUAUCAAAGCAAUAUAAUUUAGGCUCAUGAUUAUGAUAUUCCAAGUCACUGCUUAUAAAUACAUUCCUAAUGUUAAUUCAUUCAAGAAGCAAAGCGGGGUUGCUUUAUAUUGUCCUUGUUCAUUGUGGAAAGGGCAUCAGGUGUUGAUUUAAAAAUGGGAAGAAAAUGUAAGAAUUAAGAAAACAUACCAAAAAAUAGUGUUUAAUGGAAAAUAAUAAAUAAUAAGUAAAGAAAAAUGGAUAGUUGAGGAAAGUGUCAAAUGCUUGAAAUGUUCAAACAUAGCAUUAUCUUUUGAUACUGUACAAAAUUGUCCAUCAAACUGUGUCAGUUAUGAAUUUGUUCCCCCAGUAUCUCUAUUUGGAUUGAGAAGAAAAAAAAACAUCUAGUUUUAAGUGGUAAAUUAUUUCAUGUUGUUGCACUAGCUAGCUGAUGUUUGUUAACGAGAUGUUAUCGGUAUGCGUUUGGAAAGUGAAAUUUUGAGCGUUUAGGAUGGUAGUAUUACCCAUGACAUAUUUAGAACAUCCCCAGCCAUUGGUAUGAAUCCCAUGUAUAGACAUUGGUGUUGUGUUUUUUUAAUGACUCUAAAGAAUUUUUAGUGUAAGUAGAAUAGUGGAUAACAUUAUAAACAAGAUACUUUGGUCUGAAAUACGAAGGAAUGCCGUCUUUUGAGUAGGGAAAUAGAUUUGUGCUGCAGGAAUUUCUAAUCAUUGGUAGCUCGAUAUUUCAGUUUCUUUUUGGGCCGUGAACUUAAAACUGGUCAGGAUCAGCAUUUUCUUUUUUUAAAGAAAUAUUAAUAUCUAUGUUACUACAGAUAACAAAUGAUGCUCUUUAGCCUUUCAAAAUUAACAGGUUUCCAAAAGGGAAAUACAGUCUUCUCGCAAUCCAAACAUCGACCAACGUAUCUUUUAAGGUUGCUUUAGAUGUGCACAAGUUGAAUACAUAUUCAUACACCAUAAACCUGUACAAAUGGAGUCAAUCAUACUGUUUGUUCUACUUACAUUCCAAAUUUUAUUUGUCAUAGAAGCUUUUUCCUUCAGAAGCAUACCUAUUCGAAGAACAGAAAUAUUAUUUUUGUUUUUUGUUGCUGAAAAUAGGAUACCUUUUUUCUUAAAAUCUAUCAGAAGGAAGGAAGGUUUUGUAUAAUUGCUACAAACCAGAAAUAUACAAGCUUGGAUGCAGAGAUACUGUUUUCUUGCAUUGUUAUGCUUUCAUUGCUGCUUGGAUUGAGCUUGCUUACGUGAUAAAUCCUUGAUUGUUGCGGCUCCGAAGUAGUAUCAAAUUGGCAUCCAAACGCAGCAUUUACUUAAUAUUUUCAGGAAAUCAAGCACAGUCUGUCGUAUUCAUUGAUUUGAUUAUUUAUGUUUCUUUGAAGUUCUGUAGAUGUGUAGUCAUCGAGUUAAACCAAAGUGAAAAUAUAUAUCUUAACAGCUUAUAAUGUAAUUGUUUCUGAUUCUCUUUCCAUCCAUAAUAGCUGUAUAGAAAAGGAACAAUAGCUAACAUUCCUUAUUUUUCAGAAUCUAAAUGGUGGCAUUGUGAAAUAUUGUAUCUAUAGUACUACUUCUAUAUAUUAUAUCAUUCUUCAUGUGUUCUCGAAGUUCAUUGUGUAUUAUGAAAGAAAGGAACCAAAUUUUAUCAAAGAGGUGUUUGUAGAAUGGUACAUUUGUACAAACGGAUUCUGUAUUCAUUGUCUCCCCUCAGCUUUCAUGUGCAUAGGUGUACAUUACUGGCUGUGUACAUAGCCUCCCAUAGGUUGAAAGAAUAAAUGUGUGCAAUUGUCCUUGUAUAUGUCACAGUGAAAAAA